ACGAUUCUUGCCAUACAAGCAUUUAAGAACGGCAUCUGAAUCUGUCUAACCCCCCACACCCACCUCCUUGAUUCUAUACUUCUCAGGACAAUAUGUACUACGCCGGUUAUCGUCGCGGUCGCGGAGGUUACAUUGGAGGUGACGGUCGCCCUCGUCCCACUACCAUUGCCACAAAUGGCCUUCCCCCCGACAGAGAGCUCGACGACGGGCUCGAGAAAAAGCCGAUCAAGACAUUGUCGAAGCCGACGGACUCGUCGGGCAAGGACAUUGUCAUCAAGCAGCUCGAGUAUCUCGGCUCGUACAACUGGACUAACGAGACAAAGCCGACGAUACUCGUUCCCGGGUCUCCCGCACAGUGGCGGGACAGAUGUCUUCCGUACCGAGUCCAGCCUGACAGUGGCAUCAAGUUUGUUGAUCAGAACGGAUAUCGCAUGCCAUCCUCCACGUUGUAUCCUCUGUUCCGUGCAGUGGAUAUAAUGACGGAGGAGAAUGGGAACAGCAUCGACUGGAGAUCAGUCGACUUUAUCACCGACCGCAAUGGCCUCCGUAAGCUUCUCCGUUGGAUCAAUGACACUGAUGGCUCUGCCAAGGAGUUCAGGAUCGACACACAACUGGCCGGAACCCGCACCGUUCUGUUGAACCGCUGGGAGAAACGCACGCGUGAGGCGGGCAACCCGCAGUGGACGACAUACGGCUUCAGUUUCGAGCGGGCGAGCACGAAUAAGGUCAAGGGAUGUGAGCGAGGCACUGGUCACCAUCGCGUCGUCAAAUACGAUUUUGAUGGCCUUACACUAGUCGUCCGCUUUGAGGUCGAUGCCUUCAUCGCAACCUCGCCCUCGCGCGGAGUCGUUUCGUCUUCCUCCAAUAUCGACUCGCUUUCCGACAUGUUAUCUGGCCUGAACGUAGCGACUGCGACGUCCGACUCGAUGGUAGAUAGCACUGCGUCCACCGCUGAGCUCGACGUGAUUCGCACUGGCUCAGAGGUGCCGCAUAGCUCUCUGAUCGAGAUGACCACUCGGUCGCGAAGGAAUGCCGAGAACUACGAUUGGGGUGACGCGUACCCACAGUUAUACCUGUCCCAAACCCGCAACCACUACCUUGCGGUGCACAACCGCGGAGAAUUCGAGACGAUCACCAAACGCGCGGUUGACGAUGCGGAGAUGAAGCGCUUUGAUAGAAGUGCCCAGAAUGGGUUCAAGAAGUUGCGUCGCGUCUUGGAGACUAUUCAGGAGUUGGUUGUUGAACAUGGGCAGCGAGGACGUCUCAGCUUGGUCCACCGCGAUGGGCAACUGCAAGUGUUUGAUAGAAUCAAACGCGACGGUUGCCUUCCGGAAGACAUGCUGAGGUGUUUCGAGGAUUGAGGGCGCCGACAGAAUACAUCGUCGAUGUUAUGGGAACCUGACUGUCGGGAGAGCGUUCUGUCAUAGGCUUGGGACUGUAUUAUUACGUGUUUGGGAGCUCAGUUGCACCACACUGCGUUCUUCUGUGACUAGUAUGUAUUUUGGUGAAGCAACUUACAUAUCUUCAGAAUGAGGUAUGGAUUGUUC